AAUAAAUUUAAAUCAACCUAAUGGACGAAGAAGUAUUGGCAGUCAUCAUUGACAACGGUACAGGAAUGUCUAAAGCAGGAUUUGCUGGAGAUGAUGCUCCUAGAUCUGUCUUUCCAACCCUCGUAGGAAAGUGUAAAAUGCCAUCUCUCAUGGUCUCUCUCGAGCAAAAGGAUGUCUAUGUCGGAGAAGAUGCUCAAAUAAAGAGAGGAGUCCUUAAUACUUCCAGCCCUAUAGAAGCAGGCUUUGUAAAGGAUUGGGAAGAUAUGGAAAAAGUAUGGAAGCAUACCAUCUAUGAUGAACUCAGAGUAACUCCUGAGGAGCACCCGAUGUUACUAUCAGAGGCACCCCAAAAUCCAGAUGAAAACAGAGAGAAGAUGACAGAAAUGAUGUUCGAAGUAUUUAAUGUCCCUUGACUUUAUGUACAACAGCAAUCAGUUCUAGCUUUGUAUGCUUCUGGAAAAACAACUGGGCUUGUGCUAGAUUCUGGAGAAGGAAUCACAAAUUCAGUUGCUAUCUAUGAAGGAUUUGCUAUUCCUCAUGCAAUCCAUAGAAUUCCUCUCGCAGGUAAAGAUAUUACAGAAUAUCUCAGAGGACUUCUGAAAGAAAGAGGUUACAGCUUUACCACUCCAGCUGAAAUCGAAAUCGUCAGGGAUAUUAAGGAAAGACUUUGCUUUGCAGUUGAGCAAGAUUUCGAUAAACAUAUGUCAGAGUCUAUUGACAACGUCCAAAUGGAAAAAUCCUAUGAGCUCCCAGAUCAGAGAAAUAUAGUUGUAGGAAAUGAGAGAUUCAGGUGCCCUGAAAUUCUCUUCCAGCCAGACCAUGCUGGCUUCAAAGACAUUGAGGGCAUCCAUCUGUAUUCUUACUACUCCAUUAUGAAAUGAGAUGCUGAUAUCAGAAAAGGUCUUUUCUCUAACAUAGUAUUAGCAGGUGGCUCAACUCUAUUCGAUGGAGUCAAUGAAAGGCUUAAAUAUGAAAUCCAACAAUUAGCUUCUUCCAAUAACAGAAUAGAAGUGACCUAUCCUCCAGAAAGAAAGUACAGUGUAUGGCUUGGAGGGUCUAUUCUGGGAGCUCUGUCCACAUUCCAGUCAAUGUGGAUUACAGAGGCAGAAUAUCAGGAAGAAGGAGCAUCUAUUAUCCAUAAGAAAUGAUUCUAAUUUCUUGCCCAAAGCAAAUUCUUUGACAAAAUUAUUAUAAAAAGCAGUCAAUU